CUGAGAAAUAAAAAAAGGCUUAAGUUUUGAUACAAAAGAAAGCUUAAUUUUUGGUUCAUUUGUAUGGAUAAUUCAUCUUUGUGGGUUACUCUCUGAUCUUCUUCUUCUUCUUCGUUCGUUUAUUAAGCGAAAUCACAUUUGAUCCAUAUGACACAUCUUCUACUCGAAGAAUAACCUUUCAUCACCCAAAAAAGAACUCUCCUUUGGUUCCGUUUGCUUCUUCCUUCCUUAAUUAUCGUUUUUUCUUUUGUCUUCUUUCUCUUCUCUGGGUUGUCUCGGAUCGUCGCAUUUGAUUUUUGAAAAAUAAAAAAAGAGAGAAAAAUAUAAAACUUUUUAAGUUUGUUGAGAGAGUUGUUCAAAUGGGUGCGCCAAAGCAGAAGUGGACACCGGAGGAAGAAGCAGCCCUUAAAGCUGGUGUUCUUAAGCAUGGCACUGGCAAGUGGCGUACUAUUCUCUCCGAUCCUCACUUUAGCUCAGUUCUCAAGUCUCGCUCUAAUGUCGAUCUCAAGGACAAGUGGAGAAACAUAAGUGUGACUGCGUUGUGGGGUUCACGGAAGAAGGCUAAACUUGCUCAUCAAAUGGACCAUAUAAAGCACAAGUACAGGUUCUCUACUAAUUUCACUAGCGCAGGAGCAAGACACAAGUCUUCUCAACUCUGUAUAGAAGAAGGAAACAACAACUCACCAAGACCCAAGGGGAAUGGAGCUAACAUUCUCACCAAGUCCAGAGCAGACGAAGAGGUAUUUAUGAUAAAAGGCAUGACAGCAAAAGAAGCUGCAGAAACCGCUGCAAGAGCAGUUGCAGAGGCAGAGUUUGCGAUCACAGAGGCUGAAGAAGCAGCGAAAGAAGCAGACAAAGCUGAAGCCGAAGCUGAAGCUGCUCAGAUAUAUGCAAAGGCAGCCGUGAAAGCUUUGAAGUUCAGGAUCAGUAAUCACACUUGGUAAAAACAGAAGCCAUUAUGGGAAAGCUCUAUAUAACAGAGCAAUCCCUUAUAUAUAUAGUCAAACCAUUAAUGGUUUCUUAUUUCAAAAGUUUAGGUUUUGAAAUCAUGUGAUUAUCUCAUCACCUCCAGAGAACUCAAAAGCUUUCAAUACCUAUGUGUGCUCUCUCUUUUUUGGUCAGUAGUAAAUCCUCAGUUUGAUCAUAUGUAAUGUUCUUAACUCUGAGAUUCUGUAAAAAACUGAGUCUUUAGUUUCUGUUUGUAGAUUGAUCUGCUUA